UGCGCUCAGUCGUUGUUGGGGAAUCGUUAGGAGUAGACCUAGAGCAUUAAAAAUGAUUGCCGUUUGACAGAAGUUUAAAAUUAAAAUUCGCGAUCGCUAGUGGGUUUUGUGGGAGAACCAACCUAACAACCUUUGUGCCUCUCUGUGUGUGUGAGCGUGUUUGUGGCGGUUGUGGUUGUUGUGUUGAAGGGCACGAUCUGGCACGAUCUCGCACGAUCUUGCACGGCCUCUUCUUUUGCAUAUCCGCCAAAUAUUUUUACAUAAGCUGCUCAAAAAGGCACACAAAACCCACGAUAUGGAGGGCGGCGAUACAAACGCGACCAGAACGAAAUCAGCGACUAUAUUUGUCAAUAUUAUUGAUGAUCGCCGAACGGAAGACUCGCCCAGGAUGCUGCAGGGUCAGCUAUAUCAGCCGUCCUUCGAGUCGGUAUCCGAACCGUUGGAGGUGAAGAAUCGCGAAAACUGGGCCAACAGCGUAGAGUUUCUCAUGUCAUGCAUAUCGGUGUCGGUCGGUUUGGGCAAUAUCUGGCGUUUCCCAUUCACAGCAUAUGAAAAUGGUGGCGGCGCCUUCAUUAUUCCCUACGUUGUUGUUCUCCUCUUGAUUGGCAAGCCAAUGUACUAUUUGGAAGUGCUCAUGGGUCAAUUUACCAGUAAGAGUUCGGUCAAAAUCUGGUCUGUCUGUCCCGCGUUUAUUGGUGUGGGCAUAGGUCAGGCCUAUGCCGGCAUCGCUGUACUCACGUAUUACUCAUCCCUAUUGGCUCUGACCCUUUUUUAUUUGGUCGCCUCGUUUCAACCGGUCCUGCCCUGGUCCUAUUGUCGCCGAGAAUGGGGUCCCAAUUGUGUGGACUCUUUACCCAAUUUCAAUCAGACUAGAAACGAUAUCAAGUUGCAGAGUAGUUCGGAGCUAUAUUUUCUCAAAACUGUUAUUCAUGAGAUCGAAGAUCUAUCCCAGGGUAUUGGAAUGCCGAGUUGGCGCCUCACCGUUGCUCUGUUCGUUGCCUGGGUCGUCACUUACAUGAUCAUUGUGAGGGGCAUCAAGACAACGGGGAAGGCUGCCUAUUUCUUAGCCAUGUUCCCCUAUGCCAUACUAAUUACCCUACUGAUUAGAGCUGUUACCCUAGAAGGGGCCAUCGAUGGUAUCAUAUACUUCUUGAAACCCAAUUGGAGCGAACUGUUGAAUUUUUCCGUGUGGAAAGCCGCUGUCGUGCAAUGUUUCUUCUCUCUGGCGGUGGGUCUGGGACCACUUGUAAUGUUCUCAUCGUACAACAAAUUUAAUCACAAUGUGCGCAGAGACACGCUGAUUGUUACCAGUUUGGAUACGCUGACAAGCCUCAUCGCCGGUAUUACGAUCUUUGGCAUUCUGGGAAAUUUAGCCUUUAAUCUGAAGGUAACAAAUAUUGACGAGGUGGUGCGUAGUAGUACCGGCUUAGCCUUUGUUUCCUAUCCAGAUGCGAUUGCAAAGUUCACAGCUUUUCCUCAGCUCUUUGCAAUACUGUUUUUCUUUAUGCUCUUCGUGUUGGGGAUCGGCACCCUGGUGGCUCAGGCAAACACACUGGUAGCCAUACUCUGUGAUCAGUACAAAUGGAUGAAGGCGUCCACGGUUGCAUUGGCCAUAGCCGUUGGCGGAUUUCUCAGCGGCAUUGUUUACGUGACACCGGCUGGCCAAUGGAUACUGAAUCUAGUGGACUAUUAUGGCAGUACUUUCGUUGUUUUCGGCUUGGCUGUCUUCCAAAUAAUUGGCAUCUCCUGGAUCUAUGGUCUUCAAAACUUCUGCGAUGAUAUCGAGUUUAUGACAAAGAGCCCCGUGUCUAGUCUUUGGCGUAUUUGUUGGGCCAUCAUUACACCCAUGUUUCUAUUUCUCAUUUUCAUUUAUUCAAUGAUCGAAUUGGAGACCCUAAAGUAUGCGGGCCUAGAGUAUCCAGAGUCAGCGAAUGUUGCUGGUUGGGUGCUGCUCGCCAUUGGAUUUCUACAGUUUCCCCUCUGGGCCAUAUGGAGCGUUACCAGAGAUUGUGAUAAAGGUGUCUAUAUGUGCUUUAAGACGGCCUUCAGACCGAGCUCCGAAUGGGGUCCGAGCGAUCCGGCCAUCAAGAAGGAAUGGUUGAUAUACAAACGUAGUGUGAAGGAGCGUCGGAAAGCAGCCAACUCGGAACUGAAGGGCAGUUAUCUAAUGUACAAGCUACGCAGCAUAUUUGUUACCGAUUGGACUGAUGCCAAAGAUAUUUAGUUCACAAUUAUAUAUAUUACUACAAGUGUAUAAUAAUUACAUUUCAAUGUAAUUCCUUUUUGUUUUUUUUUUUUGCAAUAACUUAAAAUAAGUUGUCGCAUUUAAGAAGUAUACAAAAUGUAUGUACCACAUAUUAAUAAUAAUGAUAUAUAAUAAUAAUAAUACUAAUGGACAAUACAUUACACAUAUGUAUGUA